CAAACAACCAAUUAUGAAACCAAGCAGCUUCCGUGUUUCUUUCCCGCGUUGAACCUGAAGUCCAAUUGGUUGCUAUGCAGGUUCUCAUUUAAUUUGGUAAUCUUAUAGCAAGAAAGACGGCUCGCAAGAGCGUCAUUUAGUGUAAAAAGGCUAGUUUAAAGGUGAAAUAUCGUGAAUCGGUGAAUGUCAGUGUUUGACGAGAGGAAAAGGAUUCAGUGAGAUGAAAGGAUAGAGCAAUCUGAGCGUAAUGCAUUUUACGCUGUGCCCGUCGCUUUGCAGAAGGAACGCUAUCGCUGCUAUCACAUAUCAAAAAACAUUGUCACAAUUGUAAACAAACCGUUUGCCGUGCUGCAACAAAGUUCCUUUUUUCUUUUCCUCUCUUCUUAUCUCUUAUCAACGGAUUCAUCUGGCUUGCACACACGACCAGCAGCCGCGAGCUACCGAAGUGGCAAACGAACAAUUUCACCACCGAUAGUCGCUCGUAAACAGUUUGCGAAAUUGAAUGAACGGCAGUACUCGCGAGCUGGGCGGCGCUGUUAACAGCUUCAAUUAGUGAUUGUAGAAUCUUCACCCACCGGCCAGCACUACACACAGCAUCACAUGCGAGAGAUAGUAUUAUCUGGCCGCUGCAGCAACACUCCCCAACACCGACCCAUCCAAGUGUUGUAGGUUCAGAUGACACUGAGAGGAGAGGUUCGUCUGCCCUGAAGCCUGAUAGGACAUUCCCUUUCGAAGCUUGGCUACGAUAAAGAUGACGCUUGUAAUAUAAUCAACUACGGAUGCCACACAGUUGCUUCGCUACCACCGGUACCCUUCGUUAAGGCAUGUCCGUUAGCAGCGUGAACAACAACAGCAGUCGUCAGCGAACCGUCGAUCAGGCUAGGCUACGGGAGAGUUUCGCAUGACGACGACGUUCCAGCGUUCCCUGCGACCAUGUCAGAUGAAACUGCCGAGCCUGGGGACGGUGGACAGUGCCAGCCCAGCGCGCAGCAUGAUCGUCGAAAUAGUAACGAUAACGUAGCGACCCACCAGCCCGUGGAAAAUGGUCGAGUGGAACGAUGGUACGAGAAAAUUUCCGUCGAACCAUCGAUGUUCCUGUACAUGAUGGCGUUCAUGUUGACGUCCGUUGUCGAGCAGGCAUUCUUUCUCUACAAAGCGUGUACGGUCGAUCAUGGAUAUUCGCACGAGAUAUGUCUCAACAUCGAACAGUAUCAGGACAUCAAGAAGCAGGUGCAGGUCACAACGUCCACCUUCCACCAGUGGAACAACAUCGCUAUGUACGUGGUGCCCAUCAUACUGGCACUAUUUCUCGGUGCUUGGUCGGACAGGCGAGGCCGCAAGCUACCACUAAUUCUGGGCCUUAUCGGUAAAUUCAUCUACUCGAUCAUGAUCGUCGUAAACACGCGCAUGCCUUCCUGGCCGGUGGAAUACAUCAUCUACACGGCAACGAUCCCAAGUGUACUGACCGGCGCUGACAUCGCGAUCUUUGCGUCCUGCUUUGCGUACAUUUCGGACAUUACGACGGUGGAAGAACGAACGCUGCGCAUUACGAUACUGGACGCUACUUACCUCAGCACGAUGCCGAUCGGCGUUGCCCUUGGUAAUGUGAUCUUUAACCAUACGGGAAAAUCGUACACGAUCAUGUUCGCGAUCAACGCAUCGCUGUUAGCCUGCUCCAUCGUGUACUCAGUGCUGCGGCUUAAAUCGCGCACCACCGAGCGCCAGUGUUCGAUCCGGGAGUUGCCCUGGUACCGUAUGCCGCUGGACUUUUUCGAUCGGCAGCAUGUGGUACGAUCGGUGAAGACGUUCGUGCGCCACCGUACGAUGCACCGUCGAACGUACAUGUACCUGCUGAUGGUGGCCAUGUCCUUCUACACGUUCCAGCGCGACGAGAAGCCAAAGAUGUAUCUCUACACCCAGCUUCGGUUCAACUGGGACACGGAUCUGUACAGCUACUUCAAAACGUAUCAAUCGGCGGCCUACGUCGUGAUGAUGUUUGUGGGCGUGCCGUUCUUUACGAAGGUGCUCGGACUCAGGGAUACGCUUAUCAUCAUGAUUGGUGCGUUAGCGCAUGCCAGUGCUCGGUUCGUGUACAUCUUUGCCCAGGUCGGCUGGGUACUGUACAUCGGUGCGACAAUCUCGAGUGUUGGACCAGUUGUGGCGCCCGUCCUGCGGUCUAUGAUAUCGAAAAUGGUGCCUACAAACGAGCGAGGCAUUAUAUUCUCCUUUCUGUCCGUGUUCGACAAUGCGGUGCCGUUGUUCAGCGGUGUGCUUUAUACGCAGGUUUACAACGCUUCCAUCAACACCUAUCCGCAGGCCAUUUUUCUGCUCACGAUGGGCACUCAGAUGGUGGUUUUCUUCAUUGCACUUGCAAUACACAUUUCCCUCCGCGGACGUACGAUGGAAGAUGGCAUUCCAAAGGAAAAACCACCUGGAGCUGGGUUGAUCGAUGAAGCGAAAGGGCCAGCGAUCGAUGAUGAAGCACCAGCUGUUUCUCAAUCGUAGCGAUGAUAACGAUUAUCGUUCCCUUCUGCUCAGUGUCAGUGACGAGGACGACUGAUUGCGGCUACAUUGUCGACGAUCGCGUGUGUGAUAAUGCGAAGCAAACGUUGUUAGAAAGUGAAGUGCGUCGGCAAGUAGUGUUUAUCAACCUUCCUUUUUCCUUUACUAAACAUUAUACAUUAGAAGUCCGUUACGGUGUUACGGUGGCUAAAAGAGUCCGUAAAUAGAGUAGUUGUGCCAACACGUGCUGUGGUGUCUUUUUAUAAGAAA